AUGAAAAUUCCCAUAAAUACACUUGAACAGCCAAAAGAAAUUGAACUACAAGUAUUUAAUAUUUAGAAGUUUAGAUAUUGGAAUUCUUACUUUAGAGUCCACAAUUUUUAGAUGAUUUAAUGAAAGUUGUAAUUGAUCAAAGUCAUUAAAUUCAUAAAUUGUCGCAAGGAGCAUUAGGUUUAAUAAUAAAUUAGCUUGAUAAUUUUUUAGAAAUAGCAGCUGACUAAAUUAAAAAAAACCCAAAUUUUAAAUGUCAAAUGCUGCUUAGUCUUAUUAGUUGUAUGAUGGAUCUAGAUUGCUAUCGGUAUUUAAUUAAAUUAGACUAGAAAAUUGUUUAAUUCGUUAGAACAUUUAUUUAAUAUAUUAGAAAAUUCAGAUAAUUUACUUGUAUAUGAAUAAAUAAUGCCAAUUUUGAUAAAAAUCUAUAAAAAUUCAUCAAAUUAGAGCAAUUCAUUAUAAAAUGAUUUUCAUAAUAAACAGCUAAUAGAAUAUCUUCCAAGAACUAUUUACUUUACUAGAAUUUUAUUUGAUCAUUAUAAUAAUUUAUCUUCUACAAAGAUAGAAUUGAUAGAUUAUUUUAAUCAUGAUCCAAAGUAUGAAAACCUUUGUGAAACUCCAAUAGAAUUUCCUAAAUUGAUAUUAGAAUAUAUGGAGCCAACCUUAUUAAAUGAAGCAUAUGAAGAUUUGUGUUAGAAUGGCAUACACAAGAAAGAAUUACAUCAUCCAGUUUUAAUUAGAGUAGUGUCAAACAAUAUAAUUAGAAUUUUGAAAUUACUGAAGUGAAUUCCAUUAAGGCCCUAGAUUUGUCCAAAACGUUUCUGAAUGACCAAAAUUAAAAUUUCUGUCCUCUAGUUGAUGCCAUUAAAUAUAGAAUCCUUAUCUAACAAGGAUUUUAAUCCAAUAAAAUUUCAACAAUAAAUAUUGUAAUAUAACUACAUAUUCAAUCUAUUUUAAUGUAUAUGCUUUUAAAUUAAUUUUGUUAAACAAAUAAUCGUGGAUAAUUAUUGGAUUAAGUUUUUGAAGAAUAAAUAUAAUAUGAAUAACAUUUUAGGAUGUAUAUAAAAUUAUUUUAACUGAAAACAAUAGACCCUACAUUAUUAUCUAAAAUACUUUUGACAAUUGAUGAAAUUAUAACAAUUGAAAAAUAGAAUGAAAAUGAAGUAACUUUUGUUAUUGCCAAAAAUUAUGAUGAAACAUUUUUAUAAUUUAUUUAUGAUGUUUUAUCUAUGCAACCUAUUUCUAUUGAAAUGGAAUAAGCAUAUCCAUUAUAAUAUUUCCCAACUUUUUUGAGUGAAUUAUGUGCUACUAAUCAAUAAUUAGCAUAAAAUAUUUUUGAAUUUUUUUCAACUGAAUCAGGAAUACUUUUAUUAAGCAGAAGUAAUAUUGCCUUUGCCUCUUCUUCAGCUUUAAUUAAGGCACUUUAAAUGUAAGAUAACAAACUAUAAUUACCUCCUGAUACUUUUAAAGCUGCCAUUAUUCUUUUAAGUAGAUUAUCUAGAAAGGACGAUAUUUAAAGAGAUUUAAGAAUUUUUAAUGAUCUUGUGAAUAUAGUAGAAAAUUUAAUUAAGUUUGGUACUGAAAUUUUCAAACCUACUUAAUUUGGUUACUAUAAAAUUACAUCCGAAGAAACUGAUUAAAUUACUGCAACAUCUAUUUAAUCUAUAAAUGAACAUUUUAGAGAUGAUUUAGGCAGAAGAUCAAAUAGAGUUAAUGCUCCAACUUUUGCAAGAUAAGUUUCUGAAUCAAUAAUUAUUAAGAAACUAUAAAAUUUAAUAGAAUCUAGUAAUAAUUUCUUUGGAACAAUCUAAUAAACUUUAAUCUUAGUCUCUCAUUUAGCUAAUGAAGUUCCUACUUUAAUUGGUAGAUUAAUUGAUUCUCAUUUACCUUAAACAGUAAAUUAAGUCAUUUAAAAUAUGAGUUUUGAUAAAAUUAAUUAUAAAAUGAUGACUGCUAUUUUUUAAUUUUACUUUAACAUUUGUUUAAAAGAAGAAGGCUAUGAUUAGUUUAAUAAAUAUGGAAUGCAAUUCUUGAAAAAUUUAUUGAAUUAUUUAUUAAUUGAUAAUAUUAAUACUUAAAGAGAAUAGUUAAGUGGUUUAGCAUAGUGCAUAACUAAAUAUACAUAAAAAAUUGAUAAAGCUGGACCUUAGGUUUGUGAAAUACUAAAAUAAGUCAUAGAUUAAUUAUGGACGAACUUAAAUGAAAAAAGAAAAUAAUUAUCGAUUUCAAAUAUUUAUGCAUAAUAUUACGAGAUAAUAAGUUAAAUUUAGAAUUUGUCGAUAUUAAGUUUUAAAAUGUUCCAUUAUCCACAUUAUUCUUAUCUAGCUGAAAUGAACUAAAGAGGAUUUUUUGAAUCUUUAUUAAUGUUUUUAGAAUUUCCUAUGUUCGAUUUUAAAAAUGAACUUUUAAAAGUAUUUCGAUGGCUAACUUAAGUUGAUGAAUAUGAUAAUCCUCAUAAAAUAUUAAAAAGUGCUUUAAUUGCAAUAGAAAAUUGGGAAAUAAAUUAAAGUGGCAAUUUGGACAAAAGCACAUCUUAUAUAAAUGAAUUAUACUACAAUUCACAAAAAUUCUUUUCAAGUUGCAGUUAAGAAUAGAUUCAAGAAAAAUUAUCGAUAGCAUCGCAUUAUUCUUAAAUAGAAUAUUUACUUGAAAUUUUGAAAAUAUACUUAGUAAAUUCCCCUUAGAUAGAUUGGAAAGUAAAGGAUUUAAUAAAAUUACACGAUAAAUGCUGCUCUUUAUUAAGAAUAAUUUUAGGUUGUGUAUAAUUAAAUGAAGAGGAUUGCCAAAAUGAUCAAAUGUUAAAAAAAUCGAUAUUUUAUUCCUACAUUUAAAUUUUAAAACACAUAAUAGUUAAUACUUUAAUAAUAAAAAAGAGGAAUGAUUUUUAACCUUUAAUUAGUUUGUUAAAUUAUAUGAGCUAAAGAUUAUAAAAUGAGAAUAUAUGGAUAGUAAUAAUGCAUUUAUAAUGUAUUGAUGAACUUUUUGUUAAUGUUUUUGAAAAUAAGAAUGAUCUUAGAAAAAAGUAUCCAAAUUUAGAUUUAAUAAAUAUUUUAAGUAAAACAGAAUUUACUGAAAAUUUUUAAGCAGCAAUUCAUUCAUACACAAAAAUGACUAUAUCAAAUUAAUAUAAAAAUGAACAGCUCAACAUUUUAUCUAAGCAUUAUUCAUCUAUUAUUAAGAAUUUAUACAUAAAUAAAUUUGAAUACACGGAUAAAGAGUUUGGAUAUUCAAUUUUACCUUAAGAAAUAUCAAAUAUAUAAGCUUUAUUGUAAAUAACUCAAUAUUCAAAUUCAGAUGAUGUGUAUAACAUAUAGUUUGUUCUUAUAGAAAAGGUGAUGAUGAUUUUAAGUCCUACAUUUUUACAAGAUAUAAUCAUCAAAGAAAGAGAUCGUUUAAAUUUUUUCUCUUUUUCAAACUUAAGAGAUGAUAUUGGGGAUUUGAUCUUUCAAACUAAUUAAACCUAAGCAAGAAAUCAAUUAAGAAAUAUGGGAUUUUAGGAUGAUGCAAUAUCUUUGGCAUUUUAAAAUAUAAGAAUACCUGAAGUAGGAUUAGCUGCUGCAUGGUUAUCAGAUAAUUAAGACUAAGUUGAAUAAAGAAGAAAAGAUAUUAAAUAGAACUAUGAAAAAAAUGAAUAUUAAAUUUUAUUCUCAUCAGAAUUAAUUCAUCAUAAAUAAAGUGAAUUAAAAAAUUAUAUUAAAUAGAAUAUACUAUUUUUUAGUAAAUUUGAAGAAACUUUAUUUAAACUAUUUGAAGGAUAAAUGAUGCCUUCUUUAUUAAAAUGCCUAAAAUAAGCUGUUUAAGAAUAAUUUAGAUUAUAAUUAAGAUUUAAAGAUUGUGAAGUAGAUAUUAAAAUACCUUACAAUAAUGAUCUCAAAUUAAUCAUCACAAUUUUACAUUACAUAUAUAAAUAAUAGAAUUUAGUAUAAGAGUAUGAUUAUAUUGUUGUUGAGAUGAUGAGAUUAAUUUAAGAAUUAUUAAAAUAUGAGAAUGAUUAAACAAUUAAAGCUGUUAAUCAUGUUUUGGCAAUCUUAACAUUAUUUAUAACAGAUGAUUAUAAGUUGUAAAAGCAUCAUCAAGAAAUUUUUAAUGAAAUAUUUUAAGGAAUCAUUUAAAUUUUCAAAGGAAAAGUAUAAAAUCAUACAACAUCAAAAAUUUGCAUAGAAAUUUUGGUUAGAGCUUUCUAAGUAAAUAAAGAAAAUGUUUAUAAAUUUGUUUAUUAAAUGAGAGGUUUAGAGUAUCUUUUAAAAGUAAAAGGAGAUUCUAAGAAUCAACUUUACAGUUUAACAAAGUUAGUAUUAUCUAUUGUUCAUGAUUCCAGUAUUGUGAUUGCUUAAAUAGAGGCAAGAUUAAAGAAGAUUUUAUAUGAUUAAUAAUAUAAUUAAGAAAUAGAAGGUACUACUCAAUAAAUAUAAUAACAAUAGCAAUAACAAUUAAUACAUUCUCCAAUCUUAAAUCAUUAUCCUUUAUGUUUCUAGCCUAUUCAUAACAAUAUACAACUUCCUUAUGAAAUUUAAUUAUCUAAAGAUAAUUAAGCAUUACAAGCCAUUUUAAAUUAAAAUUUUUAUAAUGAACAAAUAAAAUUCGUUAUUAAUUCAUUAUUUGAAAAUCAAACUGAUUUCUAUGUUUUGAAAAAAAAUAUUCAUCUUUAUACUUUAGAUUGUGUAGAAUAAGCAAGUUUCUAAAAAUAUAAGGAACCAGAAAGUGCUAAAAGGAGUAAUAAACCUUCAAGUAAAAAAAGAAAGAGUGAAGAUAAACUGCAAUUCUAAUCGAACUUCUAACAUACUUAAGAAGCUUAAAUUUUAAUAAAGCUAUUAAUUUAAUAAAUGAUUAUAUCUUAUUUUGAAAAAUCCGAGUCAUAUUAAUUUUAAUGGAAUACAAUAAGUUAAGUUCUUUAAGUAUUAAUAAGACAUUACCCAAUUUUAAUUCCUAAGCUUGUUAGAAUAAAUUGUAGCAAGUUCCUUAAACCAUAUCAAAAGCAAUUAGGGUUUGAUUUUUUGGAAACAGAAUUUCCACGUAAGAUAUCAUUUAUAUCUUUAAUAACUAAGAUUAUGAUUCCAUAAAAGAAUCUUCUUUUUGAAUUAUGUUUAGAUAAUUUAGUGUUGAAUUAAAUAUAGAAUAAUUCUAUUGCUCCUUUUUCGAUUGAAAUCAGAAAGAAAAUUAUUAAUGAAAUCUACGAAGGAAUUGAAAAACGAAUAAAGACUUUAGACUAAAAUUUUUGUUAUUUUUCAGAUGCAUUAGUAUAUUUAAUUCAGAUUAAAUCAGUGGCUAAGAUUUGUUUUAAAAAUGUAAAUGAGUUAUAACACUCUUAUAAUUUUGUCAAACUUUAUAUUGAGGGUAUGAAAAAUUUUGAUCUAAAGUCCUAUUAUAUAUAUGAAAACGAAUUACCUUUCAUAAAUGAAACCCUAGCAGUUUUAUUUAAUGUAGCAAGUUAUUUACUGCUUUAUAAACCAUCUCAAAUACCAUUGUCAAAAUAACAAUAAGAUUAAUAAGGAGAUCAUUUUUAAUUGUAAGGGAUGAUAGGAUAAUUAUUACCAGAGGAUAUUAAUUAUCAACUUAUCCCAAAUAAAGGCAUAAUAUAUUAGGACCCUAUAAAAUAUUUUCUCAAAUGGCCUUUUUAACCAUUAUCAUUUCAUGGAGGAGUAAAUUAAGAUAUAAGGCAUGAAGAAAUAGAUUUAUUACAUUUAUGGUCGCCAUUCCGUAGAAGAAAUAGAUAUCUAAAUAUGGAAGUUUUUGAUAAUAUCGAAGAAGGAGAGUUUGAAUUUGAUCAUGAAGAUGAUGAUGAUAAUGAAAUUUAAAGCGUUGAGAGUAGAUAUGAUUCAAGUAAUAUUUACGAAUCAGGAGAAGAAGAUGAUGAAGACGAAGAGGAAGAUGAAGAUUAAGAAGAAGUAGAUUAAAUAAAUAGUUGGAUUACAAGUUAAAGUGGAAAUAAUCAAAAUGAGGUUGAAGAUCCUUAAAAUGAAAAUUCUAGUUGGACUGAUGAAGAUGAUAGUGAAGAUGAAUCAGAUAGUUCAAAUGAAGAUGUCGAAGAAAGUUGUGAUUCUGAUGAUGACAAUCAAUCUAAUAUAUAAUCAGAAUUAUCAAAUUAAUAAAAUUUAUAUAUUGAACAAGAGCUUUUUGUUUAAAAUUUGAAUGAACCACAUGAUAUAACAUAAAUUGAGUAAAAUAAUCAAAUUUCAUAAAAAAUCAAAGAAAAUCCAAGUCAUUUUCAUCAUUUUACAAAUAAAGAAGAUUUAACGUUUAUGAAAAUGACUAAAUAGAUAAUCUAAUUAAUUGGAGUUUAAUUUUCACAAUAAUUUGUUUAAAUUUUAGAUAAGUUUAAGUUUUUAUUACCUUAAAAUAAAUCCCUAGAUGAUUAGUAACUUAUAAAUUGGUGGACAGAAUUAACUUAAUCCUCUACUUUAUAGGCUGUUACAGAAGAAAAAGUCUAUAAUCAAUAAGAUUUAAGAAUUUAACCUUUAAAUAUUUUUAGGGAUAGGUUAAGUAUGGAUUUUUUAAGAAUUGAAUAAAAUGAUAGAUUAAUAACAAGAAUAGAAUAAGAAGCAAUGGGUAGAACAGCUCGUAUUCAUUUGUAACGAUAAAUUCAAUCAAGUGCUAGAUCUGAAUAUUCAAGAAUAUUUUAAGAAUAAUAAUCAGAUUAAUAAACCACUAAUUUAUAACAUCAAAAUAUGUAAACAAUGGAAACUUAAAAUUUAUAAUAAAUUUAAAUUGAGUAAUAAUAAUUAUAAGGAUUAUAGCAUACAUAAUCCUUACUUUUUUCUAGUAAUUUCACUAAUUAAUUUUUAUAAUAAGAACCAAUUUAAUACCAAUAAUUGUAAUAAUAAAAUCGAAAUUAAAUUAAUGAAGAAUUUGAUUUUUAAUAACAAAUUUAGCCAAAUUUCAGUUUAUAAAAUUAAUAUUAUAAUUAUCAAUUCCCUCUCAACUAAUUAGAAAAUGUCUAAUAAUAAUAAUAGUAAUAAUAACAAUAAUAAUAAUAACAAUAAUAAUAAUAGUAAUAAUAAUAAUAAUAAUAGUAAUAAUAAUAAUAAUAAUAAUAAUAGUAAUAAAAUUAUUCCUAAAUUUAUCCAAAAAGUUACAAUCUUUUAAAAAGAUUAGGUAAGACGUUUGAUGAUCUCAUUAAAAAUAAUAUUGAACCUUCAGUUUUUGAAGAUCUUAAUGAAGAUAUGAUGAUGGAAAUAAUUUUAGCCAUUCCUUAAGAAAUUGAAGGAAUAGAUCCUUAAUUUUUGGCCUCACUACCCUUAGAAAUCAGAAAUGAAAUUGUUUAAUAAUACUCUGCCCCUAUUAAUUAAUCCCCUUAAUAAUAAGUGAAUUAAAUAGAUUUAGCAUAAGAUUUAUUAUAGAGAAUUCAAAGAAAUUAGGAUAAUAUUCCUCCAAUACAUAACACCCAAUAAAAUGUCCAACCUUUAUAAUAUGGUCCUAGAACUUAGAUUGCUUCUAGUUUAUAUUAAUUUGAAUAAAGAAACCCAAUUUAAGAAGAAAUAAUUUAAUUCAAGAAACCUCAUUCAAAAUCUUAAAAUCUUAAAAAUCUGCUUCAAAAUUAAAGACAUUUUUUUUUUAAAUUAGGAACUGUUGAAGAUGAGUUUACAGAUUCAUUACUUAGCCUACUCUAUGUAGAAUCUCAUAGUUUUUUCAAUUUUCCUAUCAAUCUAUUUAUUUCUUUAUGCAAUAAUUAAAAUGUAGAACAUAAACUUAUUGACACUUUAUUUUUGAUUUUAAAAACAAAUAAACCCAAAGAAUAAUCAAAAUCCUUUCCACCUAAAUUUUUGGUUAAGAGAAACGGACUUGUCAGAGAUUUUGAUAAAAUCUAUAAUGUUGUGUCAUUAAAAGUUUUGUAUUUGUUUUCAAAAUUAUAAGGUUUGUCUCUAAACUAUUUUUUUUAAAGCAUAAAAUAAAAUUAGAAUUCUAUAGAAACUAGUUUAGGUUAUCCAUUAUUAUAAUUGAUUUAACUUUUGCCUUAAUUUUAAGGAAAACAUUAAGAUAUGCUUAUUUAGGCAAUUACAAAUAUUAGUACUAAAUAAAAUGAUUUUAAACAAGAAAAAAUAAAGCUUGAUUAAAAAUCGGUUGAAUGCAUUUGUAAAACUCUAAUAUCAAAUAUGAGUAAAAGUGUGAAAAAUUUUUCAAAUAUUAUUCAAAGUUUAUGCAAUAAUUAAGAAAAUUAAGUAUUAAUAGUAUAAUACAUAAAAGAAUAUAUAGAAAAAGUUAUUUAAGAGAUCAAUUUGAAAUUUAAAAGAUAGUUUUAAUAUGAUGAAAUAUUUAAUGGUGAUAAGGCUUUAUUCAAUGUAUUUCAAUUUUUAAAAGAAAUUAAUUUAAAAGGAGAAAAUAACAUUAAUUAUUAAGAUGUUAAACUAAAUUUUCAAGAAUUAUUGGAAAGCCCAAAUUUAAUAGAUUUGUGGAAAAAUAUAGUUAAAUUGCUAUAAUAAAUUCCGUAAUAAUAAAUCAUAAAAUUGACACCAAAAAUAUCUCCAUACUUAGAAUGUUUUUUUAUUAUUUAUCAAAUUGUAAAUCCAUUAAAAAAAAAUAAAUAAAAUCAAAAGGAAUCUAAAAAAAUUGCUAUAAUGGAAGGAUAACAUAAAGAGGUUUAAGAACAAUAAUUGCAUGAUGAUUUGUUUGAAUAAAUUUGUGAAAGUGGGAAAGGAUUAUUAAAUAUGAUGAUUAAAGAAAGACUUCAAGAAUUUAAAGAGAAGGGAACUAUAACAAAUGAUAGUUUAGGAAUAAUAAUAAGUAAAAAUCCAAGAAUUGUAGAUUUUGAAAAUAAAUAGAAGUAUUUCAAAAUGGAAUUGAAAUAAUUAAAAAUAUAAAAUAAUAAGCAUCAUUAUGGAAAUAUUACUGUUAGAUGUAGAAGAAAAGACAUCUUUAUGGAUUCUUAUCAUCGUUUUAGUAAGUUAAAACCAGAAGAAUUAAAAGGUAAAUUGAUUGUAGAAUUUGAUGGAGAGGAAGGAGUAGAUUAAGGUGGAGUUACAAGAGAAUGGUUUUUAAUGCUUUCUAAAGAGAUAUUUAAUCCUAAUUAUGCUUUAUUUACACCUUCUUUAAAUGGGUAAAUGUUUUAACCUAGUAAUAAAUCACAUGUUAAUCCUGAUCAUGUAAAGUAUUUUAGAUUUAUUGGAAGAAUAGUUGGAAAAGCACUUUAUGAUGGAUAGUUGUUAGAAAUGUAUUUUACUAGAUCUUUUUAUAAACAUAUUUUAGGUUAGAAAUUGACAAUAAAUGAUAUGGAAGAUAUAGAUUUAAAUGAAUAUAAAAGUAUGAAAAAGAUUUUAGAUGAAAAUGUUACAGAUUGGGGCAUUUAUUGGACAUAUACGGUUGAUAAUUUUGGUAAAUUAGAAGAGAGAGAACUUGUUGAGGGAGGCAAAUAAAAAUAAGUGACUGAAGAUAAUAAAUAUGAGUAUGUUUAAACUUAUUGUUAUUAAAAAAUGGCUAAGGAGAUUAAAGAUUAAAUAGAAGCUUUUUUGAGUGGUUUUCAUGAAUUGAUUCCAUAAAAUUUAAUUAGUAUGUUUGAAUGGAAAGAAAUGGAACUUAUGUUAUGUGGAUUACCAGAUAUAGAUCGUAUAUUAUAAUAUUUAAUAUUUUAGUUGAAGAUAUGAAGGAACAUAUAGAAUAUCAUGGAUAUAAUAGAGAAGAUUAAAUAAUUAAAUGGCUUUGGGAAUUAUUAGACAGUUUUGAUGAAAGUAAAAGGGCAGCCUUUUUAUAAUUUAUAACAGGUAUAUUUGUUUAUUAUUAUUUAAGGUACAUCAAAAGUACCACUUGGAGGAUUUAAAGAUUUAAAAGGUAUUUAAGGUUCUUAGAAGAUCUAAAUUCAUAAAAAACAUUAUGUAAAUUAUGAAUUACCUACAUCACAUACAUGGUAAAAUUUUUAAAUAAAUUUAUUAGUUUUAAUUAAUUGGAUUUACCAUGUUAUCCAACAAGGCAAGUUUUAAAAGAAAAAUUAGAACUUGCAAUAUUAGAAGGAAAAGAAGGUUUUGGCUUUGCUUGAUUUACCC